UCUCGGCCGCCCUGUGCAGAUCUCAGGAAGCAGGCGAGGCAGCUGGAGAACGAGCUGGACCUGAAGCUGGUCUCCUUCAGCAAACUCUGCACCAGCUACAGCAGCACCCGAGACGGAAGGCGCGACAGCUCUGACACAACUCCUCUCUUAAAUGGAUCAAGCCAGGACAGAAUGUUUGAGACCAUGGCUGUGGAGAUUGAACAACUUCUGGGAAAGCUUACUGGAAUAAAUGACAAAAUGGCAGAAUACACAAACAGUGCAGGAGUCCCGUCCCUGAAUGCUGCACUGAUGCAUACGUUACAGCGUCAUAGAGACAUAUUGCAGGAUUAUACGCAUGAAUUCCAUAAAACCAAAGCGAACUUUUUGGCAAUACGAGAAAGGGAGAAUCUGUUGGGAUCAGUACGAAAAGAUAUCGAAUCAUAUAAAAGUGGGUCUGGCGUGAAUAACAGAAGAACAGAACUAUUCCUGAAGGAACACGAACACCUUCGAAACUCAGAUCGACUGAUAGAAGAAACAAUAAGCAUUGCCAUGGCAACUAAAGAAAAUAUGACUUCGCAGAGAGGGAUGUUGAAGUCAAUACAAAGCAAGAUGAAUACCUUGGCUAAUCGGUUUCCAGCAGUGAACAGCCUGAUUCAAAGGAUCAACCUUCGGAAACGACGAGAUUCUCUCAUCUUGGGUGGCAUUAUUGGCAUCUGUACCAUCUUACUGCUGCUAUAUGCUUUUCAUUGA